UCCUGCAGAGCAACCCAUAUUUUACCUGUCACAUCAUGGAAUUCUCAGACCCGAUAAAGCCACAAAUAAGCUGCGGGCUGUCUUUGAUGGUAGUUUCAAAACCAAGGAAGGCCAUAGUCUCAAUGACUACUUAUGCAACGGGCCUGUAGUACAAAAUUCACUGUUUGAUAACAUGAUGCUUUUUCGUACAUACAAAUACACGGUGCAAUGUGACAUACGUCACAUGUACCGAAUGAUAGCUAUGCACCCUGAGCAUAGGCGCCUACAAAACAUUCUGUGGCGGGCCGAUGACACUUUGCAGUGUUUACAAUUACAAACCAUAACAUAUGGAUUAAAAAGCAGUGCCUACCUUGCCACUAAAUGUCUUGUAGAGCUAGCAAAAAAAUAUAAAGCUCAAUUUCCAUUGGCCAGUGAAGCUAUCAUUAAGAACAGUUAUGUUGAUGAUGUGCAGGGCGGCUCAGAUACACUUCAGGGAGCUUUACAACUAAAAAGUGAACUUAUUUCUCUCAUGAGUAAAGGUAGCUUUCAAUUACAUAAAUGGAUUUCCAAUAAUACAGAAAUAUUGCAAGACAUACCUCAGGAAAAAAUUGGCCUUACCAAGCGAGACAUUGAUCAGGAUAAAUCAAUUGUUAAGAUCUUAGGACUAUCUUAUGAUGCCCGAGAGGAUGCAUACAAAAUGAGUGGCCGUGUACUCACCUCUCCUGAGGUUCCCACUAAGAGAAAUGUACUUAGUUCUGUCAGCAGACUCUAUGAUCCAAUGGGUUUUGUCGGACCUCUUACCGUCAAAGCAAAACUUAUUUUACAACAGAUUUGGCAAUAUGAUUUAGAAUGGGACUCUCCCCUGCCACCUGAAUUGGUAAAAAUCUGGCAAACAUUCUAUAAUAAUUUAAUUAGCAUGCCUAAUAUGACCAUACCACGAUACAUAAACUUGUCUGAAGCCAGCAGCGUACAGCUCAUAGGAUAUUGUGAUGCAUCUGUUGCAGCUUAUGGCUGUUGUAUAUACAUCAAGGCAGUAGUAAAUGGCAAACCUUACAUACAUUUACUUUGUUCCAAGUCGAGAAUAGCUCCACUUUCAUCUAAAUUGACAAUUCCAAAGCUUGAGUUGAACGGGGCCCUCCUACUGGCCAAGUUGGUAAACCAUGUAGCCGCUCUACUAAGUAUAUCAGAUGUUCAUUUGUUCAGUGACUCAAAAAUUGUAUUGGCCUGGCUCGACUCCUCUUCGCUUAAGGUACCAGCCUAUAUAGGCAACCGUGUAAAAGAAAUAAAUAAGCUGACAGACACAAUGUCAUGGAAAUAUACUCCUGGCCUCCUUAACCCUAGUGACAUCUUAUCACGAGGCGCAGAUCCUCAAGAAAUAAUUAAUUGCAGGCUGUGGCGUCAUGGCCCAGACUAUUUGACAGAAGGCAAUGAGUACAAUUUUCAUGUGUCAGAAAUAAGUCCACCUCUGUGUAGCAUAGAACUUCCAAGCUCAGAUGAGCACGUAGCAUUAAGUGCCACUGUAAAUGACAAUGUUAUUGAUCCAUUUUUUGAACGAUUUUCAAGCCUUUUCAGAAUGAUCAGAGUAACUGUAUACACAUUGAGAUUUAUAAAUAAAUGUAAAGGAAAAUCAGGUUCAUCAAACCUAAUUUCUGUAAAAGAGUAUAGAGAUGCCUUGACUUUAAUAAUAAAAUGCGUGCAAAGGCACUACUUUCAUAAUGAGCUUUCAUGUAUUGAGAAGGAUAAAGCUAUAACCUCCAAUUUGAAAUCACUCACCCCUUUCAUUGACUCGGCAGGCCUUCUUCGCGUGGGUGGAAGGUUGGACAAUGCCACACACUUAGAUUUUUCAUAUUUAACUCCGGGACACUUCUUGAUUGGUACUGAAUUAACAUCUGUUCCUCAACCUGACUUGACAGCAGUCCCCAGUAAUCGACUUAGAUUUUGGAGGUGUUGCGAACAAAUGCGACAGCAUUUCUGGAGUGUCUGGUCCAAGGAAUACCUAUCAUCGCUAAACCAAAGAACUAAAUGGCAAAAAACAGAACCUAAUUUAAAGGUUGGCAUGAUGGUAUUGCUACAGGUUCCAAACACUCCGCCCCUAACCUGGCCCUUAGGUAGGGUCAGCAAAGUGUUUUAUGGUAAUGAUGGUAAUGUAAGAGUUGUGGAGGUACAGACCUCAGAUAAAAAAUUGCAUUCCCGUGCUGUGUCAAAAAUUGUGGUCUUGCCAAUAGAGGCAUAGCCAUAUGUAAUGUCAAAUUGUAAGACAAUUAUGUAACGUUAAUUAAAUAAUAAAAAUGAUUGUUAUUUUAGUUAUAGCACAAGCAGUGCACCCCUUCUUGUAAUGAAAAUAAGGGCUUUAUAUUUCUUUAGCUUAUGGCUAUAAACUUAAUUAUAAAGUCAACAGUUUAAUAAUGUUUCAUUGUAACAUGUGUAUAAUGUGAUUUUGUUGUUGCUUGUAUUUCAUGUAGAGUUUUAAAAGAAAAUUGCUAAGCAUUAUUGUCUGUUAUAAUUCAUUAUAGUAAGAGUUAUUUCUGUUUCACAUAAUUGUUAGAUACUAAAAAUAGACUGAUUUGUUGACAAUAAGACUGAUGUCUGACUCAUUAAAUAAUUAAAUUCAUCAUAGAUGUAACUUGAUCUCAUAAGAUACCUAAAGUUGUAGAACAUAAGUGUUAGUUUCAAUAGUAUUAUUAUUCAUAUUCAAUCCUUGCAUUUAAAGUUGCACUGUUGUUAAUUAUUGCUUAAUGCCUUGCUAGUGUCAUGUUUCUCUUUCAAAUCUCUGUUUAAAUUUGUUUCGCCUACUUAAUAUUAGUAAUCUGUUGGUCUCAAAUAAGCAUUUGUGCCCCGCCCCCCCAGUUUAUGUGUGAAACACACCUAAUUAUUAAGUCCUAGCGUGUAAAAACUGCUUAAACAGAUUUCGCCUCCUGCGUGUGGCAACAUUGAACUCUCUCUCUGAACGCCGCUCUGUGGCAUAACACACAAAAAUGUAAGAUCGUCAUUAUAAAAUAUUUUAAUACAAAAUUUAAUUAAA